CUCAUCACCUCCGCUAUGGCCUCCUGCAGGAGAACAUUAAUAACAUUAAUGUUAGAUGUGGAUGAGUCAACCUACAGGUCUUUCAACAUGGAAGAUGAAUGGGAGGAGGAGGAGCAGCUUGUUGUGGUGGAGCUCUCUGGUAUAAUCAACAAUGACUUCCUGUCCAAGUGUCGAGGCACAUGUAAGAUACUGGAUAUUGACAGUGAGAAGCCCAUGAUGCAGGUCGGACAAUAUGUGUUUGCAGGGCAAUACAUAGAUGCUUUGGGAACUUGUGUACUGUUUGAGGAGGGACCACAGAAAGCAAAAGCAGACAGUAGUCCAGAGCUCAAGUAUAUGUGCCACACCGUGAAGAAACUGAUGAUGCAGCGAAUCUUCCUCGUUGAGAAGAAAGAGGGUGAAACCAGCACAGGAAGCGGUGAUAGUGGUGAACAGAUGGAAACACCAUGUCAGUCCAAUCAAGAAGAAAAGGCCAACAAACAGAUGGACAACACAGGUUUGGAAGACUCUGCAGUCGGCUGAGACAUUGAGCCUUUGCUAUAUUAUGAUCUCCAUAUUCAAGUUUAGAGACAUUCGACAAGUUUGAGUAUCUGAGGGACUCCAUGUCAAAAACAGUUUUUCUACAGUAUAGCAAUGCUAAAAGUGUCAGUGUUACUGUAAAUCUUGUGUCAUAAUGCUUUCCAGAAACAUGUAAUGCCUCUUCUUCACUAAACCUCGAAAUAAGUGAAUUUAAUAUUUGAUGCACAAUAUAAAUACUGUUAAAUUGCACCCUGAAGGGAAAACAGGCUUUUACAAAUGUAAUGUACAUACGAAGGGUCUUGGGAAGGGCAGUCUCAGAAAAAUGUCCCGAGACCUCAACUUAGCAGCAGGAAGUCCUGUCAUUGUGAUUCUCUGAUAUCAUCUAUUUCUGUUUCUACUGAUCAUGAUGAGUGUUUAACCAGCAGAGGGAGAUACAUCUGCUUGAGCUGCAAUGUUUUAGUACAGAAAUAUGUAAUUUAUACAUUAAAAAGAGGUGAGGAGAGUAUAAAGACCCUAGUUUUCUGAUUUGUGAUACAUGUGUUUUAUCAGAACUACUAUUACUAUUGAUUUAAGACGUUAAAGCCAAAAGAAAUAAAGGCUUUGUAUUUUUUUGA